AUGGACAUUCGCGACGGUCAGAACACUCCUACCACCACUACCACAGACUACGAUUCAGGUGACAGUGAGAGUGUCGACUACGUCUACGAAGGGCAGAGGCAUGUCGAAAGACAGAACAGAAAGGGGAGCGGCCGCACAAGGAAAAGGUCUCCGAGGGGCAAGACUCGCCGUCCCGCGCGCUGCGUGUGCGGAACCAACCGGGGAGAUGAGGAUAAUACCGAAAUCUCAACUGGUGGAGAGGACGACGACGGCGACGAGAAGCGCGGCCGUCGCGGGCGCAAAUCAGAACCUCGACCGUCGAAGACCGGCAGCUCCUCGGGAUCCGAAGACACGAGCAACAAGACGGACAGGAAAGUCCGUGGUGCGCGGAGUCCCUACAUCGAGGAAUAUCCUGAUGAGUUACCACGUCCAGUAGUGGUCUUGAGGAAGCACGCACUUCCGCGGAGGUUCUCCACCUCCGACACGGACCAUGUGCGAGCUCCCGAGAACCCUUCGCUUUCGUCGGGCUCCCAGGCUAUGUCCUCGAAGGGAGAGGGUCUGCCUCCACGACGACUGCACCGAACGGUGAAGGAGGCUCCCAAGCAUUCCGGCCGCUACACAAGUCGCCUCGAGUCUUACAAAACUCUUGGCGGUGAUGCCGUGGAAAUCCUGUCUGACUCCGACGGGCCGAGCCUCCCUACACGCCGCUCAUCCCAUGAGCACGCCCAGGGGGUAACGACUGCCGUUUCUCGGAGUACGGCAUGGAACGAUCAUUCACCGCCGCAAUACCCCUCUUCCUGGCCGCGGCACACCCCAUCUCGGCUCAUCCAGCAAAGACCCUGGCACCGUGGCCAUGGCUCUGAGAGCGAAGAGAGAACUGAGGAGCCGGAACAAACGGCCAAUGAACACAGCACUUCCGCCGAGUCUCGCGAUCGGACACGACCCCAGCUUCCAUCUGCCCGCGAGAGAGAGCGAGAGCAAGAAAGUGAGCGCUCGUCACGAUCCAGGCAGACGCCGUCGCAUCCAAACGAGCGCGCGCGGCCGCGGUCGAGAACCGCUGCCAGCCGCGCCAGCAUGACGACAAUAGACCAGGGCCAUCGCUCCGUCGCCACCUCCCUGUGCGAAGUCUGGCGCGGGGCGGCCGAGGACUGGGAAUCGCCCUACGCCUCGGCCAGCGACGACAGCGACGACUCGGACGUCGACGAGCCCAUCAUCAACCCCCGGCGGACGACACACCUGGCCCGUCGUCCGUCCUCCCCACACCUCCUCCCACCGCGCGGCGAGAGACGGGCCUUUGGUUUCCCAACCACGACCCCCCGCUCUCCCGCAUAUCAUCACCACCACCACGCUUAUCACCACCAAUCCACACGCAUGAGGGACCACUCCCUCAGCCCGGUCCAGGACAUGAUCCACCACCCACCAUGGCCGACCACCGACACCCGCCUCCUCCUCCUCCCCCUCCUCGACGACGGCACCGUGGACCCCGCCCCGCCAGAUGCGAUGACGGACGACGACGAGGCCGGCGCGCACUACCACUACUACUCCUACUGUGCGCGCCGGCCUCCCUCUCGAGCAUCCGGCCCGCGGCCCACGCCCACCACCCCCGCGCCGCCGACGACGAGGAGGAGGCUGAGGCUGAUGCCGCCGACAGAACGAGGCGGCAGCCGCGGCGGCGGCGGAGGCGGCGGCGGAGGCGGAGGCGGAGGUGGCUGUUGGACAACAACAACAACAACAACAACAUACCCCCUUCUUCCGCCGCCGGACCGCGUGUCCCCGCCCGUCUUCGCUGCGCGGCGGACUAGGGAGUUCCUUGCCCCCACGCCGACGAGGCCUGCGCGGUUCGACUUUGGCGCGUGGGGCUUGUGA